UUAUUCAGUCUAAUAAAAACCACUAUAGCUGGUUGAAACAAUUACUAGGUAGUGUUGAACAGUUUUUGAUAGCCAUAUUCCAAGGAAAGAAAGCAAAUUUUUGAUGGGCUUUUUGGUGUUAUAGUGGAAUUUUUCCUUAGGGUGUCUUUGGUUGACGUAACAAACUGUAAAUCUAGCGUUGAGUCAACUGACAACUAUUACAACUAUUCAGACAAUUCAAAACAAUUUCUAAAACUUUGCACAGUAAAUUAUUUAAAAGAGCUUUGUGGAGCUGAAAUGCAAAUUGGACGAAAAAAAGAUAGAAAAGCAAAGAAACUACGUCAAAAAAUGCUUUCAAUCGGUAUAUUUAUUGCUCAUCUUAUAUUGUUGAUGUUCACAGUUUAUAGUUUCAACCAAUCCUUACUCAGAUUCACACUGCAGGAAACUUUCUGCUCUCUGGUUGUUUGUAUUAACUGAAGAAUGCGCUACGAAGCACAUUUUAAUAAAGGUAGCGCCUCUCUGAUAGUAGUUGUGUAGUUCUACAUUGAGCUUAAAAAGACUCAUUUUCUUCCUGAACACAAAGAAAGAGUUUUCCUGAAGUUAUUUCUGAGAAAUGUGGCGAUAUUGUGAUAGUGGUUGAUCUAAUGUUGUUGACUACAAACGGUGAUGAAAAGAAAACGCCUUCGCUUUCAGACAAUUCUACGAGAAACUACCCUUGCUUCCUGACAUAUCGAACUCAACUAAAGAAACAAAACAAGCCAUGUAGAUACAGAAGAAAAUUUGAGAGCACUGCGAUAUCAUUUGACAUAACAAAGUGCUACACAGCAGGUUUCCUUGGAUUCGUUUUGAGCGAUGAUUGCAAACCCAGCUUACAUUUGACUACAGUGUUAAGCUUAUGCUAGUGAUUGACUGUUCACUUUCCGGAUGAGAGGGGAAAUUGAUGAUGGCACAUUUCCAAAUCUUAAAACGAUCGAAAACAGUAAUACACUCAACAAAGAAGAUCAAUCAAACAAUGAUUUGGUCAGUAAGAAACUGGUAUGAUAUUUCAACAAACACCAGUUCUUUGAUAAAAGCUAUAUCUGACGGCCAUACUGAACUAUCACGUGAGCUAAUUACUCAAAGUGUAGAUCCCAAUGUCACAGAUGAUGGAGGACAAACACCUUUGAUGUGCGCUGCAUUUAAGGGCAAUAAAGAGAUAGCUGAAAUAUUAAUUCAUGUAGGUUCUGAAGUGAACCAAAGAAAUCAUAAAACACAAACGGCCCUCUUUUAUUCACUUGAAAAUGACAACGAAGACGUUACACGACUAUUGAUUGAGAAAGGUGCUGAUGUUAAUGUAACUGAUGACUUUGGACUAACUCCUUUAUUACAUGCAGCUGGAAAUGAGAACGAAGAGAUUACACGAAUGUUAAUUGAGAAAGGUGCUGAUGUCAAUGUAUCUGAUAAAUAUGGAAACACUCCUUUAUCACAUGCAGCUGGAAAUAACAACGAAGAUGUUGUACGACUUUUGAUUAAGAAAGGUGCUGAUGUCAAUGUAACUGAUGACUAUGGAAACAAUCCUUUAUUACAUGCAGCUGGAAAUAACAAUGAAGAUGUUGUACGACUUUUGAUUAAGAAAGGUGCUGAUGUCAAUGUAACUGAUGACUAUGGAAACAAUCCUUUAUUACAUGCAGCUGGAAAUAACAAUGAAGAUGUUGUACGACUUUUGAUUAAGAAAGGUGCUGAUGUCAAUGUAACUGAUGACUAUGGAAACAAUCCUUUAUUACAUGCAGCUGGAAAUAACAAUGAAGAUGUUGUACGACUUUUGAUUAAGAAAGGUGCUGAUGUCAAUGUAACUGAUGACUAUGGAAGCACUCCUUUAUUCAGUGCAGUUGGAAAUAACAACAAAGAGGUUGCACGACUGUUGAUUGAGAAAGGUGCUGAUGUCAAUGUAUCUGAUAAAGGUGGACAAACUCCUUUAUUACAUGCAGCUAAAAAUAAUAACAAUGAAGAUGUUGUACGACUUUUGAUUAAGAAAGGUGCUGAUGUCAAUGUAACUGAUGACUAUGGAAGAACUCCUUUAUUCAGUGCAUUUGGAAAUAACAACAAAGAGGUUGCACGACUGUUGAUUGAGAAAGGUGCUGAUGUCAAUGUAUCUGAUAAGCAUGGCGUCACUCCUUUAUUACGUGCAGCUGAAAAUAACAAUGAAGAGGUUGUACGACUGUUGAUUGAGAAAGGUGCUGAUGUCAACGUAUCUGAUAAAUAUGGACAAACUCCUUUAUUACAUGCAGCUGGAAAUAGCAAUGAAGAGGUUGCACGACUGUUGAUUGAGAAAGGUGCUGAUGUCAACGUAUCUGAUAAAUAUGGACAAACUCCUUUAUUACAUGCAGCUGGAAAUAGCAAUGAAGAGGUUGCACGACUGUUGAUUGAGAAAGGUGCUGAUGUCAACGUAUCUGAUAAAUAUGGACAAACUCCUUUAUUACAUGCAGUUCAAAGUGACGACGAAAAUUUUGUACGACUGUUUUUUACGAAAGAUAUUAAUGUCAUUGUAUCUAAUGAAGAUGGACAAACUCCUUUAUUCGGUGCAGCUAAAAAUAGCAACGAAGAGGUUGCACGACUGUUGAUUGAGCAAGGUGCUGAUAUCAAUGUAAUUGAUAAUUUUUAUGGACAAACUCCUUUAUUCACUGCAGCUAGAAAUAACAAAGAAGUUGCACGAUUGUUGAUUGAGAAAGGUGCUGAUGUCAAUGUAUCUGAUGAAGAUGGACAAACUCCUUUAUUCAAAGCAGCUGAAAAURRCAAAAUACAAGUUGCACGAUUGUUGAUUGAGAAAGGUGCUGAUGUCAAUGCUUGUUCCAAGUUUGGAAAAAAUCCUUUAACCAUGGCACUUCAAUKGUGCAACGAGGACAYUGCAAUGGCAUGGAUAAACAUGGGUGCCGGUGUCAAUGUUUGUAACAAUCAUAGAGAGAUUAAAAAUCUACAUAUUGCUUUGGAUUUUGAYAUGUAUGAAGUUGCAAAAAAACUGUUGGAAUUUAACGCUACAGAUAUGGAUGUUGAAGAUCACAAUGGUCGAACGUGCAUAUUUCAUUUGCUAGGGAUACGUGCUGACAACGAUUUAGAAGACGGAGAGUAUACUGACAGUAAAACUGAUGAUAGACAAGAACUUACUCGUAAAGUGGCUUUUUCUUGCAGUAAUAUUGAUAAGAGGGAUAAGCAAGGUCGAACUGCGCUCUCUUAUGCCAUCGAAAGAAUGAAUUAUGAUSGACGAUAUGAAAGUCCGGCACGAAUAAUCAUCGACGCUGGUGCUAAUGUUAACUUAGCAGAUGAUAAAGGACAAACACCCUUGUUUUAUGCAUUGAGGCCUUCCGCCGUACGCUUGUUAUUAGAACAUGGUGGAGAUUUAACUCUUCGAAACAAUCAGCAGGAAACCGCCUUGAUUCAUAUUUUGGCUGAGAAAGAUUAUUUUCAAGAUGACCUAUAUUUCGACUACGACGAAGGAUCACAUUUAUGUGAGCAGUACAUUAGUGUAUUGCUCAAUGACGUAGACACUACUUAUGUGAACGCAAGAGACAUGUAUGGCAGAACAGCAAUGUUCUCUGCAACUACAAUAUUUGAUGAUAGUAAAUUGUUUGAAGCUAUAGCGACGAUGCUUGUUCGCAAGGGGGCUGUUGUAGACGAUACCGAUAAUAACGACAUGAGCGUUUUAUCGUAUUUUGUUAGGAGACAUUGUUGCAACAGUUUUGAGAAUAACAGMAAUCUUUCAGAAAGCCUAUCAUUUUUUAUCAAGAAUGGCAUACGUAAUUCAGCAAUCUUCACCUCAGCAUUGAGCUAUUUGUAUGCUGUAUUACCAAGCUACUUUCACAGUUCUAAUAYAUUGAAUAGAAGACAGAUAUUUCCSAAUGCUAUAUCUGUUGCAUACAAAUACGCCAGUCAUAAAGUGCAAUCUAUGGACAGCUUAAAUGCACUACUCGACGACGAAAGAAUACCAGAAGCAAUGGAUUUAAUGGUGAUGUUAGGUGUCAAUCCCAACAGUGCCGAUUCGUAUGGAAAUACUGCCCUUCAUYGUGCCAUUAUGCUUCCAUUCCAUGGGGUAUCACAAGAGAACGUAAAGAAAAUACUGGAGACGCUUAGAAACCAUGGGAUACGAACCAACAUCAGAAAUCAGAAAAAAGAGACGCCUCUACAUUUCUGUCUUUCAGAACAAGCAUGGGAAUUAGCAAGCGAAAAAGACACAUGGGAUGGAAUCACGACAGUGGUGGAGGUUUGUGAGUUUCUUCUUCAAGAUGGUUCGCUCAUUAGUGAAGCAACGAGAAAUGGAGAGACUGUGUAUCAUUUAAUAAUGAACUUGUUUCAGAGGGGACUAUCUAUGAAUGAUGGGAAGAUUCAAGAUGUUGUUUUAUCAAGUGCAGUUAAACUUCUCGAAAUGUUUUCCAAAGCAGCUGGCAAAGAUUUAACUGUCUUAAAGAAGGUGGAUCACAAACUUAAUUCUCCUCUACAUCUUUGGGCUUCCUUAUCUCUCCCGCCAAAUCAAAACUACUGUGGAGAUCCUUUAAUGAAAGGCAUCACUUUUCUAAAAUUUCUUGAAACCAUAUUCAAGCACUUAUGGAAGCCAGGAAUGUCGCCAAACCCAAGGAAUGUUCAAGAUCAAACACCUCUUCAUCUUUGCAAGACAUGGACCGCCGCCAAACUUUUAAUAGAAGCAGGAGCAAAUGCAACUGAAGUCGAUAGAGAGGGACAACGUCCUCUCUUAAAUGUUGCAAAACAGAAACAGUUCAAGAUUAAACAGGGUUAUUUCUUUCCGGACGUUGAGGAAGACCCAAAACAUUUCUUCGAAACGUGUGUGUCAUUAGGUCUUGAUAUAUGGAGUUCUGACCAUGAAGGGCAAUCCAUGCUUAGCAUCUUCCUGGAUUCCGAGGCUUAUGCAUUGGCAAAAGCUUUGAUCGAUGUUGCUGUUGCAAAAUGUGAAUCACCCACAAUCGUAAAGCAGUUGUUGGAUGAUAUUUGCAAAGAUCAGUCCACAAGUACGACUUGGAAAAGUCUUCUGACUUUAACGCUCCUAACCUCACCACAACUUGCCUCUAACACCAAUCUCGAUAGGUCACUCCGCCACAUUUGCACAAAUAUUGAAAAGCAUGUGCUGGAACAGCAGCAAGAACRGAGUGUUGGAAUUGAAGAAGCUAAUGAAUCUGAUGAUCCCCCAAAUAAGGGAUCGAGAAUUGAUGAUACUGAAAUUCACAGCACGCCAAAAUCGAAUGUCUUUUUUGAUAUUGGAAGGCAACUACUGUUUUAUGGAGCUGAUGGCAACAGCUUGUGUAACGAUUUCCCAUACCUUCACUCCUUUUUGACGGCCGUAAUAACUCCAGACAAAAUGAAGGAGAUAAUUCCAUGGACUUCGCAUUCCAUAAGACAUGAAAACAAGCUUAGAGCAGUGUCGAGAAAGAAAAACGCUGAGAUAGGUACCUACUACUAUCAUGAAGAACCAAUAGGUAAAGGAGGCUUCAGCGACGUUUAUGCUGGAAUAUGUGAGAACGAUGGAAUGGAGGUUGCAAUCAAGAAAAUAAAAAGAAAUCAAGUGAAGGGACAAGAUAAAAGAGAGAUAAGUAAUCUUGUAGAWUUAGCAGACUGUCCACAAGUCGUGAAAUACAUCUCUUUCGAUGUCAGUGAUAAUGAAUUUGUGUUCAUUGUGUUAGAACUGAUGGAGGGGCAUCUAGACGACUAUUUUUCAAGUCCAUCGUUUGAUGCAAGUCGAAGACAAAGAUUGUGCCGUGACGUUGCAGAAGGCCUGGCAUAUUUACACCAGCAUAAGCCAAAUCCUAUUCUUCACCGUGAUCUCAAACCAAAAAACAUCCUUUACAAGUUUGAUGAAGAUGGCAAAGUUAUCGUUAAGAUAGGAGAUUUUGGUCUCAGUAGUCCUCUCACGGCUGACAAGACAACUGUUCUUCACUCCGAAGUACUAGGUACCCGUUGCUGGACAGCUCCAGAAGUGAUGCUUUUUCAGCCGCACAUGCAUUCUUCAUCGUCUGACGUUUUCUCUUUUGGACUCGUGUGUCACUACAUUCUGUCAACGCAAAAACAUCCAUUCAGCCCAGUAGAUUGUACUAACAAAUCCGAUGAAGUUAUUACACGUACAACAGAAGACAAUAUGUUGAAAUACCAAAUGGAUGGAUGGGAUGAUGCACUCUCUCCUGAAGCCACGCAUCUCGUCAAAGACAUGCUUCAAAAAGAUGAAAGCAAGCGACCAUCUGCUGCCGAUUCAUUACAUCAUCCAUUUUUUUGGUCCAACAAAAAGAAGAUGGAUUUCCUAAUUGCUGUUAGCAAUCAGUACGAGUUUGAGUGCCCAUCUACUAGCAAAAGAGCCUCUCAUCAUAUAACCACGGCAGUGAAAGAUCAUCUUGAAAAYAACUUUGCUAACAUUGUACGAUAUGCAAAGUGGGAUGAUCCUAAUUACAAAAAUGUGGCAAAGAUUGUUGCUGAGGUGAAGAAUCCAAUCGUUAAAAUCAACAGAAAGGGAAAAACCUACCCCCAAAACCCAAGAACCUACGAUACUAGUUCCGUGGUUGAGCUAGUUCGUUUCAUCAGGAACGCUAUCWAUCAAGUGUCUGAGCGCAGUCGACCUCCUGACAUUAGGAAACGGGUUCUUGAGGACUUUGUAUUUUUGGAUGAAUUCCCACAUCUACUGAUAGAGGUCUAUAAAGCUGUGACUGCACAUGGAUGGGACAACAGCGAAGAAAUAAAGUAUGCUAUUACUGAUAGAGAGCCAUAUUCAAGCGAAGAAAUAAAGUACUCAUAUAAAUUACCACAUGAAUUAGAGUAUAACUUAGAGACAAUAGAAGGACAGCCAGCUGUGAAGAAAGAACAAGACGAGAUGAUCCAAGGCCAAUCAGGUCUGCAAAAAGAGCAAGAAGAGGCGAUACCAAGCCAGUCAGGUCUUAAACAAAGACAAGAAGAGAUAAUCAACCAUAAAGACCUGCAUCAAGGACAUAAAUGGUUAAUUCCACAAGUGAAAGAGACAAUUCAAGGCCAGUCAGGUCUACAGCAACGACAAGAAGAGAUAGACAAAAUCCAGUCCCGUCUACAAAAAGAGAACGAAAGUAUAACGCAAGAUAGGAAUGAAAUUCAACAAGAACGACAAGAGAUAAUUCCAAGGCAGUCAGGUAUAAAAAACGAACAACAAGAGGAGCUCAAAGGAAAUAUCAACAGAAAAACGGCUAUCGAGAAAAAGUCGGACAAAGAAAYCAAAGACGAGGAUGCUUGUAGUGGAUCUGAAAGUGGCCAAUCUACAUCAGAGGAACAAGACUUGGAGCGUGCUCAGUUCCAGAAGAUGUUAAAAAUCCUCUCCAGUAAGGACGACAUACUUGGAGACAAUGUCAGCAGUAAAACGCAUGUUGAAAAAAGUACUCAAAAAGGUGAAGAAGCUAAAGAUGAGAACAAAUUGCAAAAACAGAGCGACGAGGAUGACUAUGUUGAAUCUGAAAGGUGUGAACGAUAUUAUAUGAUAUGAUAUUAUUGACAAA